AUGCGUUGGAGCGGCGGUCCGGCGACCGCGUCUCGUCCGCAAACGACGCUCAGCACACAGUCAGUUCCGGAGAUGGUCACGGGUUUCCUUGUAUUUUGGUUAAACGGUCCAACUAGCAAAGAAGAACAUCUCUUCGUUUAUUGUGGGGCCGAUGUGGGCAAAUUUUCUCUUCUUCCUCGCCCACUGGUCAGCGAGUGUUUCCACGUUCACUGGCCGGGGGCAAGAGCUUCCCCCCGAGACGUCCGCCACCCUGGCGCAGCAACGUCAGCGUUUUUGAAGGCGUUAGAGCAGCAAAUUCUCUCAGACUUUCGCCGGAGAGGAUUGUGGAACCCGAACAAGGAAGAUGGGACGAAGCCGUUUGAGUUCGAAAUCGACUUGUACGAACGCGGCAGCCAUUAUGGGGGGAGACUGGACUACGCCGUCGUCGACGGAAAUGUCGUCGAGACCGGUGGUGCGGAUAUCGAGGAGUCUAACCUCUGGCUAUCGACGUUCCACAAAAUGUUGAAUAACCAUAUUUCCGAGAACGGAAACAAGGCGGCUGCUGAUGAAGAUGUGGGCAGCACCGGAGAUGCCGCCGGUCCUAUGCCUCUGGCUGAAUUUGAGUCGUCAGUCACCCGCACGUUUCUUAUCACGCGAGACGGUGGAGUGCGUGAUGUUUCUAUCCCCGCUUUUUUCCUCGCGCUACGAGGCAACGGCCAAGGGAUACUGGAAUUAAUGCAGGAUACGCAGAAGGGCUGGAAAUCUCUCUACUCGAAGCUUGCAGGGAUACCUCUGUGUGUGUAUGUGACACGUGACCUGUUUCUGCAGCCUGAUUUCGAGCAUGGAAGUGGUGAAAAGUACGAAGAGUUGUGUGCCGCACCUAAAGGAUUCACCUCAGGGUUAGAAAUGGUGGACAGUGUAGGCAUGAAGCCUCUAACAGAGAAGACGUUUGCCACCCAAGCGGCAGAAACCGGCCUGACGCCUGAUGGCAUGGAUUUUAUGAGUGGGGUCACGCGAUCCAUCUAUUCGCAGGAUAUAGAGGAAAUCAAUGCUGCUGCUGGAGUCGUAGCCAUGCUGGGGAGUUUCGGUUCCUUCUUCCAAGGAAAGCGGUACUCGGGCCGCGUCCUAGUGGAAUAUCUUAUAGCGCGGUUCACUUCAAACGCAUUCCUGAACUGCGGCAUUAGGGACGUACUUGAAGAGCCACAGUCUGGCGCAAGACAGGUCACCAAAAGCAGGAAACGAUACAGACUGCGCCCAAGACUGGAAGGAGAUUCCUGUACCGCAGAAGCGCAAAGGCGUUUGGAAUCCAUCUUAUACGACUUUGUAGUUGUGGCUGCGCCCCUGGAGCUCUCCGGCGUGCGGCUGUACAGACACCGAGAAGACAGUUGGAAGGAAGGUGAACGUACGCGUAGCGAAGCAUCCGCACUGGAGCGGGUAACGGUACCUCCGAGGUCUUGGCGGACUGUCCAUUUGGUUUAUUUCGUUGCCGAUGCAAUCAGGUGGACCAACUCACGUAGCGUGUCAUCAGAGGAGGGAAGCAGGUCAGGCGACAUGUCUCACUUGAUUCUGAAAGCUCGGCCCAGCGGUGCUUCCGCCGGUGCCUUUCCCGAGUUCUACGUCGCCGGGUGUUACGGCCAUGCGGUAGAGGAUGCGGGUCAAGACGUUUUCCGGAGAAAAGUGUCUUCAGAUAAGACUGCAAUGGGUCUGGACCUGGGAGAGAACCCCAGGGACUACACCGCUACCCCGGAAAGCGAUGACGUAGCUCCCGGGAAGAAAACGCUUUGCCGAGUGGCCUCCCCGCAGUGGCUGACGGAUGAAACUCUGGAGUCCACUUUUGUCAAUCCUCAACACAUUUACAGGCGCAGGUGGUUAGCAGCAUACCCGAAUCCCGCGCCAUUUGACCCCGUUUCAACUUCUGCGACGGCAGAACAGUUCUCCAGUUCUGCAUCAAGUGCUCAGGCGUUCAAUCUCAACGCGUCUCCGUCAGAGCACGCCUCGCGAAAGCGAACAACUACGCAGCAUGCUGUACCGGAGCAAUCGAAUUUUAUCCUGGCCGAUAAUGUGUUCUACCCAAGUGCAUUUGAAUCAAUCUUCUCGUGCAUGGAGGGACAGGCAGUUUCUGCACAGAACGCAGUGAACCUGAUCAGUAACAGUCUCGACAUAUACUCAGGUGAAGUGUAAACGGCGUGGAGAGGUGCCGACGUUUACUACUCUGUGUGCGCGCUCGAUCCAUUGCGAUUCUUUAGUAGUUUUGAUGGGUCGAAACGUUGCAAAAUGCUGGUUGUGGCACCACACAGUUGGCAGUGGAGUGGGUGAUCGAGUGCGUACGAGACAAUUUUGAUUGUGUACACCGCAAAGUUGAAACCUCUCUCCAAACGCAUAAGCGUCGCGAGUUUGCAAGUGGUGUCUGGGAUACACUUGUGUUUCCUCUAGCCAUCGAAUGCAGUUGGCAUUUUCCUCGAAACACCAGUAUCGCCUGUUGCGAUCCGGAAAACACGCAGGUAGUCGGUCUUCUUUCUCUGCGAAGACGCUUUGCAUUGAUACGUCGAGC